GCGUUCACUGCAAAGAGCCUCAGCCCAAACCCUCCUGCACAAUGACGCUGACCCAAGCUGAGAAGGCCACCGUGGUUGCCAUCUGGGCAAAGGUGGCUACCCAAGCCGAUGCCAUUGGGGCAGAAUCACUGGAGAGGCUUUUCUCCAGCUACCCCCAGACGAAAACCUACUUCCCUCACUUCGAUCUCAGCCAAGGCUCAGCUCAGCUUCGUGGUCAUGGCUCCAAGGUCAUGAAUGCCAUCGGGGAAGCUGUGAAGCACAUCGAUGACAUUAGAGGCGCUUUGGCCAAACUCAGUGAGCUGCAUGCUUACAUCCUCAGGGUGGACCCAGUGAACUUCAAGCUGCUUUCCCACUGUAUCCUCUGCUCCGUGGCUGCCCGCUAUCCUAAUGACUUCACCCCAGAAGCUCAUGCUGCGUGGGACAAGUUCCUGUCCAGUGUUUCCUCUGUUCUGACAGAGAAGUACAGAUAAAUGGCCUGCACAUCCAUGGCACGCCCCAGCUGCCAGGUUCUGGGGUGUUCACCCCUUCCUCUGUAGUCGUCUCAAAUCCCCUGUGCAGGGGCUUAGUCAUCUGCAAAACUCAAUAAAUAAUUCCAAUGUGA